AUGAAAUAUGCAUCUCAUGGUGAUUUGGGUACUUAUCUAAAAUCAAAUUAUAAGGACUUAAAAUGGGCAGAAAAACUAGAUAUUUUAUUAAAUUUUUCUGAAGGAUUAUCAUUAAUUCAUGAAAAUGGUUGUAUUCAUC